AUGCCGAGUGGCGACUUGCAGCAAAACGCUCAGGGUACGCUACAGCCGACCUUGCCGCUUCCGCAGCCGCCGUUCAAGAGUCAGCACCCCGAGGGACAGCCGACCGAGCAGUCGACACCGCCACAGGAGCCAUCUUCGAGCGCGCUCCUGACCCAGAAGGGGGAUGACGUCUGCCUGUUGGACAGCUGCACUGCCAACCGGAUUGCCACUCUCCAGGCGCAGCAGCCACCGCCGUCCCUCCUCAAACGCCAAAUCACGCCGAGCUCCAACCAUGAGUGCACGGACUAUAAACUGCCCCAGAACGGCGUCGGUAGGGGGACCAGUGAUAAUGAUUCGCUACCGAAGGUUAAGGGUCUCAUCAACCUGGGCAACUCGUGCUACCUGAACUCGGUGCUACAGUGUCUGAGUCAGUGUCACUACCUGACACAUUACCUGGACAUCAACAGCCGCUCCGGGCGGAAAGCUGCAGUCAGCGCUGACGGCGAGACGAUGGAGCUGGUGCUACCGGAGGCUGGACCGAUCACCAAAUCACUCUUUGGCUUCCUGGAACAGAUGCACACCACACGCACUGGGUUCACCGUCUCCCCCAGCAAUCUCCUCAAGAACAUCGCACUGAAAGUGCCCCAGUUUGCCAGCUGUGACCAGCAGGAUGCUCUCGAGCUACUGAGGGAGCUGAUGCAGCAGACGCGACUCGAGGACCUGCAGCGGCGCCAGAGCCAGAUCCUGCUCGGUCUAGGGCUGUCAGCCAACUCCGACUCCAUCGAGAUUCCUGAUCACCUGAAGGCGCGCGCCGAGACGCUGAGCCGCCAGGUGUCACACACAACGAUUGACACUAUAUUUAGCGGUCAGCUGGUCAGCGCGGUGGUGUGCCAGGCGUGCACAGAGCGCACUUACCACUUGGAGUCAUUCCUCGACCUCUCUCUGCCCGUUGUGGACUACAAACCGUCCCGGCCGAGGAAGCAGUGUGUCACGGGGGCGUGCGACGAGGAUAGCAGUGACCACAUACUCGUGCCCUGCAGGGCCAGUGACCAGUCCCAGCGGACUGAGACUGUGCCGAACGGAAUGACCCGCGCGCCCAACGAGUCUGUUCCGGCCGAAGGAGCGGCGUCCGGUCAGGGAGACGAUCCCACUCCAACGACUGGUGCCUCAGACGAGUUGGACCGACCACCACCGCCGAACCGCUGUGAAUGGCUCAGUCGAGCGCUAACCACGCUCGCGCCGCACUACCAGGCGGCCGCCGGGGAGUGCAGCCUACUCACCUGUCUGAAACAGUAUACGGCGCCCGAGCUGCUCGACGGCAACAACAAGUUCGGCUGCGACAACUGCACGGAGCUGCGCAACAAACGGCUCACAGCGGCUGAACCAGCAUCUGAGAAGUUCGGCACUAUGUACAGUAACGCCACCAAGCAGCUGCUCAUCUACAGUCCGCCGCCGGUGCUGACCAUCCACCUGAAGCGGUUCUAG